UUCCUAAUCCACGCGUGAACAAUCUCUUUGCAUGCUUAAUCAAAUUUCAAAAGCCAAGAAGCUGCUCCCCAUCCUUCUUAAUUAGCCCUAGCUUCCACACUCCCGCCAAAGUCACCAAAUUCUUAACUUCAUCAACCAUGUCUCUGAUGGUAGAGGUAAGAGUUCCAAACUUAGAUUGUGAGGGAUGUGCUUCGAAGUUAAAGAAAGCUCUCCUCAAGCUAAAAGGAGCAGAAGAGGUAGAAAUAGAGAUGGAAGUGCAAAAGAUUACUGUUAGAGGCUAUGCAUUGGAGGAAAAGAAGGUGAUCAAAGCAAUUAAACGAGCAGGGAAAGCAGCAGAGCCAUGGCCAUUCCCAGGAUACUCUCAUUUUACCUCUUUUUACAAGUACCCGACCUACAUUGUCAACCAUUACUAUGACACAUACAAGAAUGUUGCUAGCACUAAUGGUGUCCACACCUUUUUCCACACUCCUGCUGUCUAUUCACUUGCUGUUGCAUCUGAUGAGGCUGUGGCUUCCCUUUUCAGCGACGACAAUCCUCAUGCUUGCACUAUCAUGUGAUGCUAAUUUAAUUAUUAUUUUUUUCCUUUUCUUGUAUUUCUUUCCCUGUUUUUUAAGACGAUUGUUGUAUUGAUUUCAUUUGAGUUUAGUGUAAUUUAGGAUAUUUCUUUUUUGUUUUCAUGAUUGAACAACUUGCUUAAUGUUGAUGAC